AUGGUGGAUUUGAAGCAUACCCAGGAGCAGCUGGAGCUUGCACCACAGAGGGUCACGGUGGAAACGAGGUAUGGACCUGUAACAGGAGGGAGAGCUGCGAACGGGGCAGCUGUCUUCCUUGAAAUACCUUAUGCGGUCCCUCCGAAAAGAUUUGAGGAUCCCCAGCCGUUACCAGACACCUUCAGGUAUCCCGAUCAGAAAGAGUACAUUGUCGAAUCCGCAUACGCUGCACAGCCAAGGAACGAUGGACAGGCGGCUGCGAUGGAUUUCAAGGCGAAAGUCGGUUUAGGGGCGCCGACUGAGAAUCCAUUAUUCUUAAAUAUCUACGUCCCACCCUCGUACCCAUCCAAAAGGAACUUUCCGGUCAAAGUCUACAUCCACGGUGGUUUCCUUCAAUUCGGCUCGCCGCACGGAUUAUCAGCACAAGCUCAGUAUGCAGCGGCCGAGAGGGAAGAGAUCUGGGUAAACAUUGGAUACCGCCUUUCAGCUUUUGGAUUUAUUGCUUCGGCGAAGAACGGUCUGACCGGGAACUAUGGCUUCAAAGACCAGUGGCUUGCACUCAAGUGGAUCAAGGCGAACAUAUCUGCCUUUGGAGGAAAUCAGGAUGACAUUCAGUUGACUGGACUUUCAGCUGGCGCACAUUCUGUCCACCAGAUCUUACACCACCUCUCGGUUUUACCUCCUGGAGAGAACGCACCAUUCUCGUCCGCGGUUCUGCAAUCCAACGCCAUGCCGACCGAUCCAAAGACUUCUGCCCAACUGGAUCCUCAAUUCGACGCCCUUUGCAAAGCACUGGGGCUAGAUCCCGAUUCACCAGACAUUCUGGAAACUCUCAAAGACGAUACCAAGGUCCCUGCUUCAAGGAUCACAGAAGUGAUUGAGGAGGAGAAGCUCGGAAGGUACGGCGCGUUCCGCGGUUGCCUCUCCGACGACUGGAUCAUCACCUCCCCUGGUCCAAUGGAACGUCAGCAUAACGGAUCCUUCGCCACCAGCCUGCGCGAACGCGGUGUGAAAUACAUCGUAGUAGGCGAGGUGUCAGAAGAAUGGUACCUCUAUUCCAUCGCCCACCCCAUCUCCUCGCCUGCGGACAUCACAUUCCAGCUCGAGCGAUACUUUACUCCCGAGUUUGUGAGCGAGCUUGUUGGCCAUUACCCUCCUCUACCUUCCGAAACUAGUGAAGCUGAGCUGCUAAGGAGGUUUGGAGAUGUCUUUAGUCUCGCUCAGGUUUAUCUCCCUGUUCGCGUUUUGGCUCGGGAUCUUGUAGCUAGGGGGUUCCCGGUACUGCGCUAUCGCAUUUCCUGGGGUCCAGAGCACGGAUGCUUGCCACAUAAAGGCCUUGUAACCCACGGAACGGACAGAGCUUUGUGGACGCUCUGCUUCCCUGCACUGACAGACACGGAAGCCAGUGUUGCAAGAUCCUGGGUCGGCCGCGUUGAGAAAGAAGUGGAGAAUGCACUUAACGGUCACUCGAGAGCUGCGGAUGAGGUGCUGCUUUUGGACGAGGAACAAAACAUAGGUUGGGCGAAAGAUCCCCUCUGGGAAGAGCUAUCAGGAUUGGCGAACAAAAUACUCCCUUCUACGGCAUCACUAUGA